AUGACAGUCACCACAAACUUCACCAUGAUGAGACCAUGCCUUACUGGAUACCCCUUUCAAGACUUUGGCUCCGCGAUACCAGGACAGGGGAGGGUCAAUCAGUUGGGUGGUCAUUUCAUCAAUGGACGGCCACUCCCGAACCAGAUACGUUUGAAAAUAGUCGAGAUGGCAGCUGCCGGGGUCAGACCCUGUGCCAUAUCGAGACAAUUGAGAGUGUCCCACGGUUGUGUCUCGAAGAUAUUGAACCGUUAUCAAGAAACCGGAAGCAUAAGACCCGGCGUUAUCGGUGGCAGCAAACCCAGAAUGGCAACAGCCGCCGUCGAAUCACGUAUCGAGGACUACAAGCGCGAUAAUCCGGGCAUUUUUUCGUGGGAAAUAAAAGCUCGUUUGAUCGAGGACGGAGUUUGCGACAAGACCACGGCCCCAGGAAUGUCGACGAUUUCUCGCCUGCUCAGGGGCCACGAUGGGGACGACGAUACCAAAAUCCAUGACGACAAAACGAGCUCGGGAUCGGAUUGCGCGAGCGAGCCCGGUAUAACGUUGAAGCGUAAGCAGCGACGUUGCCGAACGACUUUCACGGCCAAUCAGCUGGACGAGCUCGAGAGGGCCUUCGAAAGAACUCAAUACCCUGACAUAUACACGCGGGAGGAAUUGGCCCAGAGAACGAAAUUGACCGAGGCGAGAAUUCAAGUUUGGUUCAGCAACCGACGGGCGAGAUUGAGAAAACAAAUGUCAUCGACUUCGUCGGCUUCGUACGUCGGCUCGGUUGCUUACCCGGCACCGACUUACGUUCUCCACCCACCACCGGCCACUUCCGGCCCGGCUGCUGCUCCCUCUCAUCCCCAUUCAACUCCAGCCAAUUUGCCGACGAGUCAUCCCCACGGGCACGGACAAACGCUCGCCGAGGCUGCUUUCACCUCGAAUCAAGAUCUCUACGUCUCCCACCAUCCGAGUAUCGCCCAUCAACUAACGGACACCUCGAGGCUGUCGUCGGCCGUGAGUUCCGGACCGAAUUACGGCCUGAGUGCCUCCGGUUAUCCGUCCUCCCUCUUGGGACAAGCGUCGAACGUUGCCACUGGUCACAUGGCUCAUCACCAACUGUCGCCCGUCGCGCCAACCUCCGGAGCCUCGUCCUACCAGCAGCACGCAGCCGGCCAUCAACUGCCACCGACUCCGAAUUCCUUGGUCACGAUGAUGGGCCCGAAUUCAGGCAAUUCCAAUCCCUCCUCCGACCACAUGAGCGCAGCAGCCGAUCUCCCGAUCGGGAGCGUCUCCCCGAUCAACCAUCACAACCACCACCAUCAUCACUCCAACCACCUACAACAGACCCAACAACAUCAGCAUCAACCCCAUCAAACCAACCAGAAUGGAGGAACUUCGCCCACUUGGAAUUUACCCAUUUCGGGAAGCAACAAUCGAGCCACCCUGCCCAGUCCACCUUCCACCAUCCAACAGGCCCAUGUUCACGCCACUCCUCAUCACACUCAUCAAACUUUCCCCAGUCACUACGCUCCUUCCAGCUUCCAACAACCUCCCAGGGCACCACCGCACCAGCAUUUUUACAGCUGGUACUGAUGCCGCUCCUGCUGGUCGACACGAAAAAAGCAAGUUUGUGCCUCGUCUCCACCACUGGAAUAAGAUUUUAUUAAGUCUUUCUUUUGAUUGUGGUGUUUUUUUAAGGAGACGAAAGCUCAACGGUGUUAAGCCACGAGAACUCUUGCAUGGGCCGGACGCAUAUUCGAGCGGAACGAGUCCCAAGAAAUCUUCGAAGACUCUGACAACCGAGUCUGUGCGUAACAAGUGCGCGUCCAAGCAUUUGCUGAAUUCUGACACUGGCUCGAAUGAAGGAAAAAGUUUUGGAGUAUUCGUAAAUAUUAAAACGGUGCUCCACAAUUUCUCGAGCUCGCUAAGUCAUAUUUUGAUAUUGAUUUUCUUCGUGGGUCGAGACGUUUUUCGGUUGAGUCACUAAACCAGUUUGAUCGACGAGACAAUUGACGUAGUUUUUCAAUUUCGAUGCUCGUGGGAUCGCGAAUGAUCCAGAGUUUUACACUCUUGCUUGUAAAUAUUGUUCAUUGCUGUUCGAAGGAUUGUAAAUAAUAAUUUUUGUCAUUAAGGGUCCUGUAUAAUUGGAACGAUUAUUAUUUAAGUUUGUUAAUUUUAUUGAUUGCAAGAAGGUAGCGAAAUAUUUUAUUCGGAAUUUUCUGUUUUCUCUUGUCGUAAAGGCAUCUUUAGUCGUUCAACUCACCAUUGCUUUUGACCGGAAUAUUGGCGUUAGUGUAUACCGUGCGAACGGUAGAAAAGAACGGCCGAUCCAGUGACGUCAAAUUUAUUAUUCAGGCCUCGAUUUCCACGUGGAAAUUGCGGAAAAUAGUUUGCUGGCAACUACCAAUUGAUGUGAUCGAUUUUUCGAUCAGAAACUCCCAAGGAUAAGUGCGUUCGAUUUGUGUCCAGAGUAAUAUUCGUUUGCGCCACUAUAAAUGGGCGAUUCAUCGAGGAGUCAUCAAAAUGGCCUUAAUUAACGAGAGGGCAUUCUUCAUUUCGAUGCUAAUCCAUUUUGACCAAUAAAAAUCAGUCGAAAAAUAUAAUCUUCGAAAGAUUCAAACGUAUUUAUCAACUUUGAAAAAUUUCAAGAGCCAGAGCAAGUAUAGCGAAAGUUUCCAAAAGUUCGACUCUUCUCAGUUUCGACAGAAAUUAGUGACAAGCGAAAAAUCUCAUUUGAAUAAUCCUGAAUAGUCGCGAUAAAAAGUUGACGCAACAAUUGCGAAAUUUGAACAAUUUUCAUGUGAAUGAAUCCUGAUUGAGUCUUUGAUUCUCCUCUGCGUUGAUUCUCAUUCAUUCAUAAUUGUAAACGAUAUGAAAAAAAUAUUAAAUUAUAAGAUUUGUAGAAGAUUUAAGUUAAAAGUGUACAUGAAACUAUAAGUAGAUUAGAAAAUUCAACGGAUAAACAUUAUAAUCAUAAUUAUUAUAAUUCUGUAAAUACGAAUAAA